AUUCAGUUACUACUGCGGCAUUAAACCUUUCGUGUGUUUUCGUAUUGUAAGCGGAUUGCUCGUAGCAUCUUACAUUGUUACAAAAACGUUUUUGCUAUUCAAUAAUGCAACAUUCUGUGCAUUUAUUUGUAUGAGCAUUGUGAGAAUAAAACAAAAAGACAAAAGGUGUUAAACCAAACGCAUGCUUUGGCAUGUGUUAGCAAGUGUACAUAAAUACAUACAUCUAUAUUUGUUUGCAAAUAUAUGCUUACAUGCAUGUGUAUAAAUAAAUUUUCGGCAAAGUUGCUGAUUACGCUUUGAACGAGCGCAACAAUUUGUGAAUUUUGUGAAUGAAUUUGGCACAAAUCGCUACGAGAACAUCUCAUUUUGUUAAAAUACAUAUGCUAGACAAAGUGCUAGCAUCGCCGAGUGAUAAGUUUUAGCAGCAUCACAACAUAUACUAUUAUGACACAUAAAUACGCGGGUACCACAACGUGUGCAGUGUUUUCUUGUUGUUGAGACAAAAUAAUACAAGAAAUACGCAUACAUACGUACAAUUGUUGUAUGUACCGCCGAAGUGUUUCGUAAAAGUGCAAAUCAAACAACGCGAAAACGAAAAUCUCAAAGGCGACGAUUUGGUCAUAAAACACAAGAGUUAUGAUUUUCGAACACAUCGCCUUGGUAUGAUGCAAUGUGCAAAUGUUGUUAGUGUAGUGUUAUUUUUAUUGCAAACCAGCGCGCCAACAACGAAGGUAAGCGUAACGUUGCUAAGGCAACUAACAAACCGCGUGACAAGCAUUUGCUGCUGCUCGGAGCAGCAGUAACUAUAAUACAAAGUAAAUAAAAAUACCAAUUACAAAUAAAAGUAAAAGAAGACACCGCAUACUACCAGUGUAUAGGGAAAAAAGUAAAAGCCAAGGCAAUAAAUACCCUCUGCGGGCUAUAAAAAGAUCAAAGAUCUCUGCAAACACAGCCAGAGAAGCAGGCAAGCACACCGCCGCCAUGGCGCGCUCCAACGUCAACAUUAACCACAUCAACGACGACACAAGUGACAACAAGCCAAGUGGCAAGAAGCGUACGUCGCUGCCAUGGCACAUCCUUGCACUAUUUGCUAUGCUUUGUUGCAACGCUGCACUGCCAGUAGCGGUCGCCACCGUUGACAGCAGUACUGAAGCAAUUGUGGAUGCUGUCUCGUCGGAUGCUGCCGUCGACGACGACGGCGUUGGCGUGGCUAAGAGGUCUGCAGAAGACCCACAACUGCUGCAUGUCUUCCGACAUCAGGAACACUAUUCGCACCGCAUUGAGCAGGCCGUGAACGACUUGAAACGCACGCAAUUGCAACAGCAACUUAGCGGAAAUUAUAGCAACACUACUGCUAAAAACGUUGAUGGCGGCGUUAAUGGCGACAAUAGCGGUACUAGCGACAACGACAACAAUAACAACUAUAUGCAUUACCAGUCCCAAUUGCAGCCGCAUAUGUCAGAACACUUGCGUCAUCACAAUCAGCGGCAUCACUCUGUAGCACCAGUCCACGCCUGGGAACGUUACCUACUGCCACCUUUACGCCAUCAACGCCAUCAGCAAGAACGUCAGCAAAAUCAACAACCCGACUAUGCAGCAGAUGCAACGAUGGUGGUAACAAGCGCACCAUUAAUGCCGCUGGUGGCACCUACAGCCACCGAGUUGGCUAACGAUGCCGCUGCCGUUGCUACAACUAAUGAGCUGUCCAAUAUAUUACCGGCCAUAACGCGUUCGGCCAACGGCAGUAGCUUACAGCAGCAUAUAAAACCACAUCGUUACUUCGAUCGUGAUGGACUCUACCAAUCGCCCUCUUAUAUCUGGACAACAAGAGGUCCGCGUGUGCGCUCGGACGCGAAUUAUUGGCGCACAAAAGAUUUUCCAAGCACCCACUUGUCUGGUGGUGCUAAACAAACAGAUAGUCAGCGGAUUUCGCUCAAUCUAAACGCCGACUCGGAAGACGAGUCUUACACACAUGAAGCGGCAAGUGAGAAGAAAUAUAAAUCGAAUGAGCCGCGUGGAAAUGUUGAUGCAGACAAUGACAGUGAAAUUAUUAAUGACGACAACGAUAGCAGUAGUGAUGAUUACGAUGAUUAUUCAUAUGAGGAGGACUCAACGGAGGCGGCGCAAAGUGCAAAUGAAUUUCCCAACGUUAACAACAUGUAUGAUGGCGAGCAUCGCAGCGCUGUAAAACGUUACACCAAUCCGUUUAACGACUUACGUUUGCCACCCAAGAAGCGCGACUAUUCACCGCACCCAUAUAUGUCGUUGCGCCGGCGCACUGUACCCGGUGGUAAUGCUGGCAAUGCAUAUGCUAAUUUCGGUGUCGACUCCGUUGAUGACAAUAGUGAGGUGGACUUUUCUAGCGAAAAGUGGCAGCGCAUCCGGCAAGAGCACCAUCGCAAGCAACAAGAACAUCAGCGUCGAAUGAUGGCAUUGCGUGCGCGUCAUGAUGCUAAAUACAGCGCCACAGCGGCAGCUGCUACGGCAACGCCACUGAUUAUGGCCGCGGCGGCAGCACCAUCAACACAGCAGCGCCAGAAUGUUGAUGAGGACGCUAAUAAUAUCAAUUCGCAAUACUAUAUUCCCGGUACAUUGACUCGUCAAAAGCAGGAAGAAUUGGGAACGCCAGACGCCGUACAGGAAACACGACGUUCACAUGUGAAACAUAAGCAUGAAAAAGCUUUGGCCAGCGAACACGUUAAGCAAAUUCGUAGCGAAGCCGCUUGUCGUGUACCACAACGGCGCGUCGAACGCAUACAGCGCGACCCCUCAAAGACCUACACGCCGCACUGUACGGUGCUCCACCGAUGCACCGACGAGACUGGUUGUUGCCGCAGCGAACGUCAAACGUGUGCACCGAAACGCACAAAAAACGUCGAUUUGUAUUUCUAUGUUCACAGCAUCAAUGAAAAGGGCACCGUCGAACGUUUAACAUUCGUUAAUCACACGGAAUGUCACUGUGUGGAGAAGACGCGUCAACCGGUCGACGAAUACCACAAUAUGGCAAUGUACGACAUGACCUAUGGCGGACAGACAAUGCGACACGCAACGAUAGUCAACUGUAAUUGUCCCAAAUUGUAUGAGAAAAUAUUGCAAGAAGACGGCUUUUGUCGCUGCGAUUGCUCGUCCGGCAACACCGGCUGUGACUGGCUCAAACGCGGCAUGGAGCAUUUCUCGAUGAUCGAUCGCAAAUGCAUAAGCGAGGGCCGCUGUAAGCCGCCCACAUGCGAGCACGGCAACUACAUCAAAAAGUUUGGACGCUGUCCGCGGCGCGAGGAGCAAUUGUCAGCCGCCUUGACUGAGCCGGUGAUGAUGGCGACGAACGCGCUCUCCAGCAGUGAUUACCAUUGAAACGAAUUAUUCAUUAGACAUGCAUUUAAUUGCAAAAAUGAAACUAAAAUUAAGUAUUAAUAACUUUUAAUAAUUAAAAUAAUUAAUUUAUUCGAUACAAAUUAGACGAAACUACUUAUGAAGGGUGGGAAAAAAGUGAGAAGUUAUUAAAAAAAAUUGAAAAAAUGUAUGGCAAAUUUGUUGGAGUUAAAUGGCGUGAGGAUUGAAAUUUUUUCGAAGAAAAUACUCAAAUGAGAUAACGUACAAUAAUAAGCAGCAAAAUGAAAUUUAUGCAUUAAUAAUUAAAUGUGAUUUAAAAUUUUAAACUUAAACUCGCAUAAGUCAAAAAUACAUACUUUCCAGUUUGAUGCAAAACGCAUGCAUAUCUUGUAUAACGCCAGUUAAAAUGCAAAAUAACGUAUCACCAAAAAUUCGAAAUUGCGUUUUUUAAUGCUAAUAAUGCACUACAUCAUAUUACAUAUUUGUUUGUAGUAGCUACCAUAAACUUUAACCGAUAUAUAACUAAUACAUAACCACUUUAUAACCAAAAGAUUCAUUUUGUUGGAAAUUGAGUUCUUUAUUGCUUACGAUUCGCUACAUCAUAUUACAUAUAUGUAUGUACAUAUGUCUUAUGAAUUUUUAACCGAUAUGUAACCAAUACAUAACGUAUACAUAACCACUAUAUAACCAUUUUAUAACCAAAACUCAGAUUUUGUUUAUAUGAGUUGUUUCUAUUAUAAUUUUUUCUUUCGCCUGUAAAUUUAUUUUCAACUGCCGCUGUCAGAUAUAACCGAUAUAUAACCAAUUUAUAACCAAAACUCAAAUUUUGUUUCUAUUAUAUCGGGUUUCCUUCAGUUGUAAACUUAUGAGAAGUGAUGUUACGUUAUUUUGCAUUUUAGAUGACGAUGCAUACUAAUAUAAAUAUGUAUAUGCAUUAGGGUGGUUAAAAAUAAAACAAAAAAUUUAAAUUUUUUAACCCACCUUAUGUAUAUACAUAUUAUAUCAUACCAUGUAUGCAUGUGUUUGUAUCAUUUGUACUAAAAAAUGUGUGCGCACCCUAAUGCAUUUAGCGAGUGCUUUAACUCCCAUCAAUUAUCACUUAUAAACUUCCAUGUAAGCAAUGCAUGCAAUUUACAUUGUUUUAAUAUACGAAACCUAGACAUAUGAUUUGAGAAGACUUUUAACAGCGAACUUUUUACUAAGUAUAUACAUACAUACAUACAUACAUACAUAUGUAGUGAAUUGUAGUUGACGAUAAAUAUGUAAUAUCAAUCAAAUACGCUAUUAAAUAGAAUUUAUCUAAAAUUAUUGUUAAACGUUACACAACUAAAAUUAAUAAAUAAAUAAAUAAUAUUAAUAAUAGUAUUAAACCAUAUUACACACACACACAAAUAUACAAGUUGUGCAUUUGUAAAGUUAAAGCGUUAGUUUUACUUACUAAUAUUGAUACACUGAGAAAAAUGAAAAGCAAUUCCAUUGAUAUUUUGACUGCGUUAAUUUAGUAAUAUGUAACUAAUGUUAAAGCACUUUAAAUAUACACGCAUUAAAAUUAGACGAAUUUAAGCAUUUACAUAUGUACAUGCCUAUAUAUUUUAAGUUAUGUUUAUUAACUAAUGAUUUUUUGUACAUUUUUCUACUAUUUGCAAUAAUUAAACUAUAUUUUUUAACUGUAAUUAGUCACAAGUGUAUAAGAAAAUUAGUAUUUUCUGCCAAAUUAAGUUGAACACACUUUAAAUUAACAGCAAAUGUAUGUACAUACAUAUUAAAUAUUAUUAUUAUUUUUUAUAUUUUUUACCAUGUACUUUGUACUGCAUAAGCAAUUAUUUAAGUUUAUUAUUUUUUUUUCUAGUCAAUUAUUUUAGUUAUUUUGUAUAUGUAUAUUUAUGAUGUGUUUAAUAAAUAUUUAUAAGACUAGCUAUUUUAAAUUACACAAAUAUACACAUACUAUAUAAUAUAUAAUUAGCUCAGAGCAUACAUGUAUGUGUGCGCUUUAAACUCUUUAGCGACUGCAACAACCAUUUUCGAAUUAUUGAGGGUUUGUUAGUUAGUAGCAGCUAUAGAAAUGAGAAACUGUUACUUCCAAAGCAGUGUGUUCUAAAACCAGACUCGGUAAAGGGAUUUUAGACUAUUUCCGUAUUUCAAUUUUCAACUGCUAGGCUUAAAAUUGCAAAGAAGACUCGUAAAUCUAAUCGGAAAUCGAAAAAAAUCGAUUAUUAUGUUCCAGAAGAACUGAACUUCAAGUUGCGUUGCAAAAAAGUAGUAUCGCCAGAGGUUAUUACAUUUGUUGAGAAGAGUAUAUUAACUGUAUGUAUUAGAAACUUUAGCUGUCUUUCCUCGCUAUGUCAAAACUUCGUUCUAAAAACUUUAGCUGUCUUCGAUUCGCAAUUU